UCUUGCAUUUACGAGAGAAUUGAAAAAGGAACAAGACGUGUGACAGACAUCGUGUGUGAUCAUUGUAUAAUUUUUAAAAGUUGCUGAUUAUUAUUUAGAAAUUUUAGUUAUUGGAUAAAUUCUAGUGAAAAGAUUACAUUAACAAGAUGCAGAUUUUUGUGAAGACAUUGACAGGCAAGACCAUCACCUUGGAGGUGGAGCCUUCAGACACAAUUGAGAAUGUUAAGGCAAAGAUCCAAGACAAGGAGGGCAUUCCCCCAGACCAGCAGCGUCUCAUCUUCGCCGGUAAACAGUUGGAAGAUGGACGCACAUUGUCCGACUAUAACAUCCAAAAGGAAUCCACCCUGCAUUUAGUACUCCGUCUCCGUGGUGGUAUGCAGAUCUUCGUUAAGACCUUGACAGGCAAGACUAUCACAUUAGAGGUUGAGCCAUCUGACACAAUUGAAAAUGUUAAGGCUAAAAUCCAAGACAAAGAAGGCAUUCCCCCAGACCAGCAGAGAUUGAUCUUUGCUGGCAAACAGCUUGAAGAUGGACGCACAUUGUCAGAUUACAACAUCCAGAAAGAAUCUACUCUUCACUUAGUGCUCCGUCUUAGAGGAGGAAUGCAGAUUUUUGUUAAAACGCUAACAGGAAAGACUAUCACACUGGAGGUGGAGCCAUCAGACACAAUUGAGAAUGUAAAAGCGAAAAUUCAAGACAAGGAGGGCAUUCCCCCAGAUCAGCAACGUCUUAUCUUUGCGGGUAAGCAGCUCGAAGAUGGUCGCACACUUUCAGACUACAAUAUUCAAAAGGAAUCGACGCUUCACUUGGUUCUUCGUUUAAGAGGAGGCAUGCAAAUUUUCGUGAAGACUUUGACAGGCAAGACCAUCACCUUGGAGGUUGAACCUUCUGAUACCAUUGAGAAUGUCAAAGCCAAGAUCCAGGAUAAAGAAGGUAUCCCCCCAGACCAGCAGAGAUUGAUCUUUGCUGGCAAACAGCUAGAGGAUGGCCGUACCCUUUCUGACUACAACAUCCAAAAGGAAUCAACACUUCACUUGGUACUCCGUCUGCGAGGUGGUAUGCAGAUCUUUGUUAAAACCCUGACAGGCAAGACUAUCACAUUAGAAGUAGAACCCUCGGACACCAUCGAGAAUGUUAAGGCCAAGAUCCAAGACAAGGAAGGUAUCCCCCCAGACCAGCAGAGAUUGAUCUUUGCUGGCAAACAGCUAGAGGAUGGCCGUACCCUUUCUGACUACAACAUCCAAAAGG